GAGGAGAAAGAAGUAGAAUAAGAAGAAAGAGAAAAGGGGAGAGAGAGAGAAAGAGAGAGAGAACGGGUGGUCCACUUUCAACGCGGAAGAAAAUCGAGGGUGCGAGAGAAUGGUGAUAGUGGUGCUGUGCUGUGUCUUGUUAUGACCUCGAAGCUCGCGAACUAUUUUUCUUGGAUCCGAGCAACGCCCGUUUUCCGAGAUGAAAGAUCAUUCUAAUCUGUCGUUGAGUUGAGCAACGGGACGAGAAGGUAGUUGCAGAGAAAAAGGAAAGAAAGAGAGAUAGAUAUAACGACACAGCAUACGAGUAAAGGGAGAAAGAGAGAGAAAGAGAGAGAGAGAGGGAGGGAGGUCGCGGCGACCGAGUUAAAGCGCGAACGCGGAACACGGGAGUGUCGUCCACCAUUUUGGGUGCGCGAGGUUAUUCGAUGCGUGCAUGGAUACAUCAUUCGAAAGGGACUUAUGUCCUUCCUCAUUGGCGAACAAUGAAGAUCGGUAAAUAAGAAUGGUGUGCUCGUUAAAGGGCUCGAACAGGUACGGUGUCGUAACGAUGGAAAUCGUGGAUGCAGGUGUCGUGUCGUGAGUUCGAACGGACGGAGUUCGAAGGUGGUGCUGGAUUCGUGGAUAUCGUUUGUCUCUAGUGGUUAUAUUGUGCGCUAGAUAAAAGGGCUGACGAUAUAUCGGCUCGUCGUGUUUUCUCGAUCGUAUUUCUUACGAUUCGUCGAACGUAACGAAGCAAAUGUAAAAACAGAAAAAAAGGAAGAAGGAAAGGGAAAAGGAAAGAGAGAAAGAACGAGAGAGAGAGAGAGAGAGAGAGAGAGAGAGAGAGAGAGAGAGAGAGAGAGAACUAAGAGCGAAUUAAAGAAGGAAGGAUAUUAAUAUAUAUAGUGAAGGAGAAAAAGAGACGGAGAAAGUACGCGCGCAUUUGUCAUUGGGUAAACUUGCGAUCGUUCGUAUUCGCGAGUUUUCGUUUCCCGAUCGUGCUGCGUGUUCAGACAGGUGGACACAGAGUACACGUAUCCUGAGAAAGAGAAAGAAAGAAAGAAAGAAAGAGAGAGAGAGUGAGAAAGAAAGAAGGAGGGAGGGAGAGAGAAAGAAAAGACAUAAAGUGAAGGCGAGAGUGGAUGUCUUUGUCUUUCGAUGAUCGUGAAGACGACGACGACGAGGAGGGGGAAGAAGAAAACGAAGAGAGACGAGCACGACGAGAGGAGUACGUUCGCUCGAUUGCAAAGCUGCCGAACGCGAGAAGAACGAGAGAGCGGGGAGGAGGUUCGUUAGGACAACGAUCAAGAGAGAGUAUGACGUUACGCGGGUGAAAUCGGCUCGGCCGAAAGAGGAAGAAAAGUAAGUGGAGAAGAGGGAAUCCGUGGUAUGCGUAAACCAAAGGACGACGAGGGCAGAGGCGUAAAGCAUGGCGCAGUAGCGCUCGUUCUCGGUAUUACCUUUGGUUCAAAGGGUGUUGGAGAGGGUCUACUCGCUCUGGAGCGCAUCGAGGGCCGAACGAACGGCCGGUGAGCACCGCAACGGGGCGAGCAACCCCGUUGCCUCGGUCAACGUCUACAAACCACCCUCGAGUCUGUUACCGUCGACGAACAGCAGAACAGAUGUCCUGACAGCGGGCCCCGGGCCACCAGGAUGCCGACAGACGACGACUAUGGCCGAAGAGAACGUCACCUGUUGCACCAGCACCCGAUUGCCCAGUACGGGCCCUCGUCAUCCCCGAUUCCAGGGCCCAGUAGCGGAAAUUCCGGGAAUGUCGGGACACAAAUCGCUGCCGUUAAUCCAAUCGAUUGCUUCAAACAACAACAGCAGCAUCAACAUCAGCAGCAGCAGCAACAGCAGCAACAACAGCAGUCCGAAUCGCGAUCAACGCCAACCAUCACCGGUACAUCGAGCCAAGAUCGUUAUCAAACCGAUCAGCAAGUUCAGAGCAGCGAUCACAGCGAGUAUGGAACUCGGGAGAGAGUCGCGGCGAUCGAGCGGCACGACAAGUCAACGGACAAGCCUUCGAUCGAGGAUUAUAGCAAAUCCAGUGUCGAGACUCGAUCGGUACAAUCGAGCUGCGAGCGAUUCGGACAUUACCAAAAUCAGGAGAGAUUUGGUCAAUCCAGCUUGCAAGCACAUCACCAGUAUAGCGGAAGACAAGGCGGUGUUACGGGCCAAUCCUUGUCGCAGAACGUCCUUGUCGACCGAUUCGCUCGAUUCACUGAUCUCAGCAACUUGCAUGCGGAACAAAGAUUGUCUUUACCUCCAGGAGAUCGGUUUCAGGUCGCUAGCGGCGGUGAAUUGCGUUUCCAUCACGUCAGCAACGAUUCCGGGCUCGCAUCAACGAACAACGAGUACGCGAACGCAAACGUCCUCGUAUCUUCCUGCACGUCGAGCUCCUUCUCGUCGGAGACCUUUCCGUCGCCACCCUCACCGGCACCAGCCAACGAUCGGUUCGUACCGCCACCGCCCCUCUCGCCCAGCCCAAGCGAGAAGUAUGCCUCGUCCCAGAGCCUGGCUGGUUAUCCUCCUCCUGAUAGGAUUCUGCCCCCCGGUUCUCCGGGCGCCAGAUAUGGCGGUGGAACAGCACCAGCCUCGCCUAUGCCAGCGAAGGACCGAUUCAUUUCGGGUGAACGAUUGCUGGCCAAUCAACAGCCGAACGGCAACGCGACGAGCGUGCACGAUGUCAAGGAUCAGCAACGAUACAGCGGUGGCAAUGGGGAUCGUCUCCUGUCGGGAUCGUCGCCAGUGUUGGGAGCCCUUCAGACCAAUCUACAAAUCGACCGGAACGUCCUUGGUGGUUACAUCGGUUCGGGGAAAGAUUCCCCAGCGUCGAGAUACGGAACGAUCUCGACGGAUAGAUUAUUAUCGGCCUCGCCGAUUCACGCUCCGGUACCCGAGAGAUUCGCUGGAAAGUCCUCGUCCGACAGAUACACUGGACACGGCGAGUCACCGAUCCACGAACGGUAUCACCGUUCCCAACAAGAGACGUCGGCGAGUCUCCACCACGAUCGCUACAACUCGAUCGCAACGAGCAGCGAAAGAUUUUUCCCGAUUCCCACGUCGAAUACCGAAGGGUCGCAUCAAAGAUAUUCAGCGACGGAGAGAUCUCUUCAGGUACCGAACGCAACCGAUCAGAAUAGACGGCUCUACGCCGAUAGAUCGGUCGAGGCUGUUUGCCAAAAGUAUUCCGAAAGAGCGAACGGUUCGAAUCAAGUUGGUAACGCGGAAUACGGUAGAUACUCGGCCUUUCAAGAGGUCAGAUUCAACGAGCUCGCGCUUCAAAGAACCUGUGGACAGGGACGUCCCGGAAACGAGAGAUUCUCCGUCGGUGGAGUCGCUUAUCUCGCGGCUUCCUCCCCAGGACACGACGUUAGGCCCUCGAAUGCCGGGGAAACGUCGUCGGCGUCCAACAGAUACGUCGUCGCAGACUCGAACCCAACCGAACGUAUCCUGGCCGCGACGUCGUCUUCACCGUCGUCGUCUUCGGAAACUGGAGCGCGCUAUCAUUCGCCGUACACGAAUGCCAAUGGCAUCCAAUCGUCAUCGACGACGACGGGCAACGAUCGGUGCUACUCAUCGAUUUCACCGACCCCAGAAACGUCAGCUUCGGUACUCCGCGGAACCGUUGCAAAUCCUGGACCACCUGGAAGCUAUCAAAGCACGACGAAGAACGGAGAUAAGUUCCUCCAAGUGUCGAAGUCGGUCCAGAGCUAUACCAACGACAGAUACUCGCUCGGGAACGAGCAUCAGUUUGACAGAUCGGUUCAAGACCGAUACGACAGGUUUCCGGGGUCAGGAGGGUCAAACGAUCGAUUCUCAUCGUCUAAUACCACUCCUGACCGCUUUCACCCUACUUCUGAUCGAUACUCUCCGGCACGUAACGUCGCGGACAAGUACCUGUCUCUACCGAAACCAAAAGAUAGGUUUACCGGUAGGAUAGCGCCGAUCUCUAGCUGCACCAACUCUUCCGUCGUUCCUACGUCGACCGAUAGGCCCUACGGAUCGUCGAGUACAGGCACUUAUGUACCGCCGACGGCUCACACUCCGGUCGAACGGUAUGUGCCGCAACCACCUCCGGAGGUGCUCUAUCCGGACAGGUACGUGGACAGGUACGUACCACCGGUUGCCCAUACCCCAACGGAUCGUUACGUUCCCACCAAUGACCCCGGUGAUCCGUACAUGAGGAGAGAUUUGGGCUUCCAUCAUCAUUACCGGCUACCACCACCAGCCGGAUAUCCGUACCACCAGGCGCACUUCCGGUUCCGCGGUUUCGCCUACGCGUCACCGGUUCGUCUAGGUGGAAGUCCAGGUUCCAGUAGCUCGAGUAGCUCUGCAACAUCGAAUCAGAGAGGUGGUGCAGGAGGAGGAGGAGGAGGAGGAGGAGGAGGAGGAGGAGGAGGUGGUGGAGGUGGUGGUGGUGGUAGCGUUGGAGGAAGUGGAGGAGGAGGAGGUGGUGGAGCUGGAGGAGGAGGAGGAGGUGGUGGUGGUGUAGGAGGUGGUGUUGGUGGUGUUGGUGUUGGUGGAGGAGGUGGAGGAGACAGCUUCUCGACGUCACCGUUGCUCAGGCCAAAGUUACGCACGUCUGCGGUUGAAUUUACGACUAAUUCUGCUGGCAUCGUAGCGAGACACGUUUGCGCCAAUCCACCAGCUUGCUGUAACGAAGCUACAAAUCCUAAUGGACAAAGGCCAUGCUGUCAACCAAUAAGAAGAUCUCUCCCACCUGGUGCUCUACCAUCGAUACCGACGCAAUCAACUCAUUCUUCUUGGCAACCGUCGCCGAGUUCUGGCACGACGGUAACAUCAACGAUCUCGUCGAAUGGCGGCGAUGGCGAUGGCAAUCAAGUGAUCGGCAUGUAUGCUGUUGGUACAAGCGUUCCAACGUCGACGGAGACGUCAACGAUAACGCCGGUAACGACAGCAUCCUCGUCUAUCCAGAUGACCGGAAGUACCGCGAUCGGUACUCAUUCAGCCACAAAUAUUACGAGAAGCGUGUCCGCACCAACGGCACCAAGGCCGCACGUUCAAAUUACUAGCUCGGCUAGCGUUUCUGCUAACAAUUCGCAAAGGCCACGACUAAGGAGAAACAUGAGUCGUACCGAAGCCAUCCGAAAUUACAUCAAGCGUGAAACCGCACAAUUCUUUGGCGUCGACGAAGAAACCGAGACCGCGGAAAAGCAGAGAUGGUUGGAUAGACGACGACGGAUGGCGUCGAGGAAGUACGGUGCUCUGGUGCCGGAACAUAGACCACCGGAUCCAGAUAUUACGAGGGACGUACCGGAUACCACCGACAUACCCGAGGGCGUGACGUUGAGACGAUGGCAACAACCUGUACGCAGGAAAGACUCCGUAGCAAGGAUGACACUGUCGGGACUUCACUACGUGGUAGAGUCGCUGACGAGACAACGUCCAAGAGAAAGAUCUCGAACGAGGCCAGAAUCUCGAAGCUUUCCGCCAAGCGUAAUUGCCUAUCUGUCAAGAACAGAGGGAGUAACAUCUCCGGAAAACGGCCAGGAAGAAGAAGAAUCCUUUUUUGAAAGGCCACCCCCUCCGCCACCACCAUUACCACCGCCGGCUUUGACAACGAGUCAGCAACAAACCCAAACGCAAAUCGAACAGACUGCUGGCGGAUUGACUAAACCUGAGGAUGUCGAUGGCAAGAUUGAAAUUCGAGAUUCAGCGAACGAACGUGAGACGAGCGAGGAAUUGGAGAGAUUCGCACAGCAAAAUGAGGAGAGGAGUACGAUCGACGGACAAAUUAGGAGACCUCAUCAGGUCACGAGGGACCAUUAUACUUCAAGAAAGACAAGUUGGAGCAGGUCGAAAUACGGCGGUCCAUUGAGGGAAGACAAAAGGAUGCAGCAGGACGAUGGUGUCACUCUGAGAAGGGAAAUGACCGGUGGUACGAGAAUCUCGCCUAGUACCAUUGAUCGUGUCUUCGAUAAUAGUAAUCGACGGCAAUAUGGCAUGGGAAUCGUUGGUCGAUUUUUCGGAAGAUCCUUUCGAAAGAGUAUAACCAACAAACCGGAAGUGAGAAAGCAAUUGGACGAUUUCGAGGAUCACAGACCUUACUUUACAUAUUGGAUCACGACCGUGCAGGUUCUCAUUCUGAUAAUAUCUUUAGCGUGUUAUGGCUUUGGACCUGUUGGGAUGGAACUCAAUCAUAGAUCAGCGAGAGUUUUGGUAACGAGCUUAUCGUUACAAGAAGUCGAUUAUCAAGAGCCUGCAAAUUUCUGGCUCGGACCAAGAGCUGCAGAUUUGAUACAUCUUGGUGCAAAAUUUGCUCCGUGUAUGCGCCGAGAUAUUAAAAUAUUGAAGGAGAUCGACAUUUGGAGAGAAAGAGAACGAGAUACUGCUUGCUGUAUCAGAAACGAUGAUUCCGGUUGUGUGCAAUCGAGUAAAGCCGACUGCUCAGUCCGAGGAUUGAAAUCAACGAUUACGAACACGAUAUCGACCUGGAAAAAAUGGGGCCCUGGAGACAGUGGACCUGGUGGACGAAUAAGUGGAUCCGUUUGUGGUUUGGACCCAAAAUUUUGUGAUGCUCCAGCUAGCAUAGCCCCGUACGAAUGGCCAGAUGAUAUCACUAAGUGGCCCAUCUGUCGAAAAACUAAUCCGUUCAGUCAGCGCUACAACAAAAAUUUGAAUCAAAGAGGAAAUGGAAACUUUCCGAUCGGUCGAUACAAAGACAAAAUGGCGGAGCACAUGGUUUGCGAAGUGAUAGGACAUCCCUGCUGUAUCGGUAUUCAUGGAAUGUGUCGGAUAACAACGAAGGAGUAUUGUGACUUUGUCGGUGGUUAUUUUCACGAGGAAGCAUCCUUGUGCUCCCAAGUCGAAUGCCUCCACGACGUUUGCGGUAUGAUACCGUUCCUCCAUCCUGAAUGGCCGGACCAGUUCUAUAGAUUAUUCACUACGACCUUCCUUCAUGCUGGAAUUCUACACCUGGCAAUCACACUACUGAUUCAAUAUUUCUUGAUGAGAGACUUGGAGAAGCUAACGGGCUCGUUGCGUAUCGCUUUGAUCUACUUCGUGGGCGCGUUAGCUGGAAAUCUGGCCAGUGCAAUAUUCGUUCCUUACAGAGCGGAGGUUGGUCCAGCUGGAGCACAUUUUGCACUGCUCGCCACUCUAGUCGUAGAGGUCCUGCAUUGCUGGCCAAUGCUGAAACAUCCAAGGCGAGCACUUUCAAAGUUAAUCUGCAUACUUUUGGGUCUCCUAAUACUCGGUGUUUUACCCUGGAUCGACAACUAUGCUCAUCUCUUCGGCUUUAUCUUCGGCUUCCUUGCGGCUUACGCCUUCAUGCCUUUCAUAUCUUUCGGGCACUACGAUAGACGUCGUAAAAUCUUUCUUAUUUGGGUUUGCCUCGUGCUCAUAGUCGGUCUCUUCGUUCUCCUUCUUACCCUCUUCUACAACGUCCCCGUCUACGAGUGCGAGGUCUGCAAGCUCUUCAAUUGUAUACCCUUUACGCGCGACUUUUGCGCCUCGCAAAAUAUCAACAUCAAGAGGGAAGAGCCCGUAUGACACACGGGGCCGCGGUUCAAAGUCGAGCGCGAAGUACCGUUCGGCCCCCGAUCCUACGCUCGUUCUCAUCCUACAACAUUAACAACAACAAUAAUAACAACAACAGCAACAACAACAACAACAACAAUAACAGUAACAACAAGCCAAGAAUUCUCGAUCCAACGAAUUCUCUUAGCCUUUUUGGCUAUAAUCCUCUCGAAUCCUCCGUACGAUCGUCAUCUACAAAGAUCUUCUUCCCACGAUACCUUCAAUCACGGUUGAUCGAGGCCCAAUGUUGUCUUUUUUUUUUUUAAAUCCUACGAAAAAAAAAAGAAAAAGAAAGAAAAGAAAAGAAAAGUAACGUUGAACCGUAGCAUAGUGUCUCGGAGAAGUGCAAGAUCCGAUAAAAUGGCGAAUGAUCGACGACGAUCGAAAGGAUCCACCAUGUUAUUUCAGUGCUUUUUUUUAUUCGUCUUCGCCCACUGCCAAGAAAAUGCAACCGCGAAGAACGACUACGAUGGCGACUAAUGAGAUCUCUCGAGAUGAAGAACCGACAUAAUGCCUUAAACAAGUAUAAUCGCGUACUUCCUCGUCGUUCUUCUCCUUCUCGAGUAAAAAUAUUUAAAAUUCUCGAUUUUGGAACGAUAUGAGCCUCGAUGGGAUGUAAAUAUAUAUAUUUGCGUAUUAUUAUAUAUUAGCGUUCGAACGUUUCUUUUUCUUUUUUUUGUUUUUAUUUUUUUUCGACGAGAUAUCACGAAUGUAAUAAGCACGAUCUUUGAGGAUUCGUCGAGGAGAUAACUGCCGAUCCAAGAGAAUCCGUUGAGACACGAGCGUUCGUCUCUUUUGGUGUGUGUUAAUAUUAAAAGAAAAAAAAAAAACAACAAAAAAACAAAAAAAGGAAAAGAAGAAAAGUGAGUGUAAAUAGAAUAAAAAAAAAGAAAAGAAGAGAGAGAAAGAAAAAAAAAAGAAGAAAAGAAAAUAGAAGAAAGUGAGGAGAAGAGAACGGGGGGAGGGAGAAUGAAAAAGAAAUGAAACAAAACUCUUGUUACAUACGUUCUAAUGCUCUAAUGGACGCGACGAUUAAUGAAAAUAAUAAUUAUAGGGAGAAUCUUUGAAAGUGUGCACGUCUUUUUUUCGUCUCACACAGCACGGCGUAGCCGUAUCUCGUAUGAUGUACCUCCGACACACUGGAACUAUCUGUGAUGGACCACACGAUCGACUACGGAGAUAUUUUUAAAUAGUUGUACACGAUAGAUAGCGAGAGUGCAACACAUCAUCGUGAGGGCUCGAGGAAUCGCCGAUAUAUGAUGAAUUGUUAGAGAGGAGAGCUUGAGGUCGGAUGAGCUUAAUUUUAAGAGUCGGAGGGGAGACACACGACACAAGGAGGAAAGUGUUAAAAAUUAAGUCUACGAUGAAACGAAUCACAAUUUUUUAUAAUGGCGCGAAGAAAGAGAGGGAUAUCAGAACUCUUAAUCAAUUUUCGAAACUUGUACAUAUAAUUACAUAUGCGAGAACGAGCGAGCGAGCGAGCGAGCGAGCGAGCGAGAGAGAGUGAGAGAGAGGGAGAGAGAGAGAGGGAGAGAGAGAGAGAGAGAAAGAGAGAGCGAGCGAAAGAAAGAGAGAAUGCGAGAAAAUGGGACGAAUGGAAGCGUGUUUACGCGAAGCGUUUCAGUCGAAUCGACUAUGGUUAACGUAAUAUUGUAAAUGUGUAUUUUAUUAUAACGGGUAUGUAAGAUGUAAUGGCAAAAUAAGCAGCUGGUCCGAGAUCCGUGAUUUUAUUCGUCUCUGCAGCUUAACGAGUUUUAAGGCGUGUUUGCGUUUAACGAACUAGAGCUAGCGAGAACAGAAGACGGAAAUAAAAUGUGCCACAAUGUGAAAAUGAUCGAGCAAGCAGGUUGAAAAGGAUGAUACGGCAACGUUCGUACGAGGGUGAUUGAAUGAAGCAUUUUUCGAAAGAUCGCUUAUAAACGUCAUUUUUAUCUCCAUCGUAUCAAUAAAUUAUCGUCUUGUAUAAAUCGUUAGUCAUUAAAUCUUUUUCGUUUGAAUUGUAAUUGAUUUUUCUUUUUUUUAUUUUCUUUUUUUGGUUCUCUUUCUUCUUUCUUUUUGUCUUCCUUUUUACUUCAAAUUUUAUCAACAUUCCCAAUUGUGUUAUCUAAAAAUUGUUUCGUCCAGAUCACCCUCGUAUAUUUCUACCUGCAUAUAUAAAGUUUUGCAACCUCCUCUGAUAUAGCACGCUCAGUUAAGGAUUGAUUCUUUCGUUGCCACAGCUAAGUCAAUCAUUCUAUUCGUUUACUUCUUGAAAAUUAUUCUGAAAAGAAUAGCAAUUCUUGUCUUCCUAUUGUGUUCAACAUUCUUUUUUAUUAUCUUUAAAUUUUAAUUAUACCAAAUACCUAUAACUUUUAAUCAAUAAUAAUUAAGAUUUCUUUUCAUAAUAUUAUAUAUGCAAUAGAAAGCUUGACACCACAAGUAUAACAAAUUUAAAUUACUUGAUAAGAAAACUUUUGCAUAUGCUUUCUGACUAUCAUUAAUCGCCGCAUAUUUCCUUCUAUUAAUUUAAUCGUAUUUAUGAUUGACACAAUGCUGGGCACAAAACCGAAUUCUCGUAUUUUAGCGUAGAAGCGUAAGAUUAACAACAAUAACAAGAAACAAUCUCCCCCCAUUCCCUACAUCACGCUCGUACAUCCAAUAGUAUGCUAACUUAACUUAUAUUGCGCAAGAAGAGUACUGCCUAUUGCAGUCUACAUAUUAACGUAACGAUCAUUAUGAUUAUAUGAUUACUAUUGAUUAUUAUUAUUAUUAAUUAUUAUUAUUAUUGUGAUUAUUAUUAUCUUUAUUAUUACUUAACAGAAUAAUUGCAUCCUCGUGUAAUAAAGGAUACAAGAAAGAAAUAUGAAAGAAGAAAUCUAAUUUAAUGCGAGAGAGAGAGAGAGAGAGAGAGAGAAAGAGAGAAAGAGAGAGAGAGAGAGAGAGAGAGAGAGAGAGAGAGAGAAUGAAAGAAUGAGAGAGAGAGAGAGAGAGAGAGAGAAGUAUGAUGUGUGAAUUGUUCAAUAUUAAUGACACGUUCGAAAUUUUGUGAUAAACGAAUAUAUAAGGGACAUAAAAACCAAAAAUGAAUGAAGCUAAGCUACGUAUGAAGCCAUAAAUGCAAUGAGUAUCGAUAACACACAUGAAACUUUUCGGAUUAUACAUAUAUAAAUAAAUAUAUAUAUAUAAUAUAUAAUAUAUAUAUAUAUAAAAAUAUAUAUAUAUAAAUAUGAAUAUAAACACACGAAGAAAAUGAAAAAGAAAUAAAAAAAGAAAACGUAUGCCGAUUAAUGGAAGCCCAGGUGUACCGUGGCGAUUGUCGACGAGUAACAUAUUGUUAUUAUUGUAAAUGUGUCAUAUACAUACAUAUAAUAGCAUGCGUAAAAGAAAAAAAAUAACAAACGGAAAAAAUGCCACCACAUGAUAUACACAACAAAUACGUGAUGACACUCACACGCAUACAUGCACGCGCGUGCGUGUGCGCGCACACACACACACAUACACAUGUUAAAAAAAAACAUGACACACACAGUGAAUGAGAAAAAUAAAAUUGAGAACCUUCGAUA